AUGACAAACGCUUUUGCAGUUUGUCUAGCAAUAUCUUUGUUUGUGGGCUUGACCACAGCCCGGCAAAUUCCUAAAGAAUGCUCAAAGGGACCUGAAUAUUGGUGUAAAAGUUUGAAGACGGCUGCCGACUGCGGUGCAGUGGGACACUGCAUCAGCACAGUAUGGGAGCAGGAAAAUGCUGCGUUCGACAGCAACGAAGCGUCCGAGAAGAUUGUACGACUCUUUAGGCAGUUGAAGGAUGUUAAGGACCUCAUUAACGAGGAGUACCUGGGUGCCAGAAUUAACACAGCCUGCCGUGACAUAUCGAACCCAGCGGUCACGCGUCUCUGCAAAAGCAAUACGGCCGACCUCGAGAAGUACAUCAGCCAUGUGCUGCUGUCCGAUACCACGCCGGAGACCAUGUGCCGUGUCAUCGGCAUCUGUGGGAACGGAAAGGUGGAGAACUUCUUUAAGACGAAAAAGACGACAAUCGAACCAAAGGGGCACAAACCGUUAUUAGUCGGCGGCGAGAAAUGUACUUGGGGACCGUCUUACUGGUGCAGCAACUUCAGCACUGGUCGGGAAUGCAAGGCCACGCACCACUGCGUGCAACGCGUCUGGUCUCACAUGACCUUCCCUCAAGAUGACGACGGCAUCUGCAAGAUCUGCAAGGACAUGGUCAAGCAGGCACGCGAUCAGCUACAGAGCAACGAAACUCAGGAGGAACUUAAGGAAGUGUUCGAAGGCGAAUGCAAGCUGAUCCCUAUUAAAAUCGUAACUAAAGAGUGUAUCAAACUGGCUGAUGACUUCGUACCUGAGCUGGUGGAGACACUGUCUUCAGAGAUGAACCCUGACCAAGUGUGUUCCGUCGCUGGCCUCUGCAAUAAUGCUAGGAUUGAUCGCCUUCUUGAGGACUAUAACGCAACAAUGCAACUGCGUGCCGGUUGCACCAACUGCAAAAGGACAAUCGGCGUGCUGAGGAAACGCUUCGAUGAAACUAGCUAUGAAGAUUUCCUACUCCGUCUUCUUCAGGUGUGCCGUGACACCGGUUCCCUCUCCGACUCGUGCUCCAUGCUAGUCUUCCAGUACUACGAGAAUAUUCUAGAAGCGGUUAAGAAGGAUUUCACGCCGCAGGGCAUGUGCCACUUGAGCGGACAGUGCACUUACAAGUUCCACUCGCACGACCUCUACACCUUCACAGAUGAUAACCUAGCGGAUGUUAAGGCCACAGAUGACGUGCCUUGCGAGUUCUGUGAGCAAGUGAUCAAACACCUGCGCAACACUCUCGUCGCGAACACUACUGAAGUGGAGUUCCACAGGGUUCUUACUGGUCUCUGCAAACGUACCGGCAAAUUCAAGACCGAGUGCCUCCAACUGGUGGAACAGUACCACUCCACCAUUUACUACUUCCUCGUGUCUGAACUGAAGGAAGACAAGAUUUGCAGCUUCAUCGGGAUUUGUGGCAAGCCAGCUGAUGUGCCAAUUGCCCCACUGUUGCCCAAGGAAAUGGGCGUCAGAGCCUUCACGUUUUUGGAUGACAAAUUGAUUGGUGAAGACGAAGCUAAUAGUUACACUACUCCUAAGAUAGCACAUGUACCCGUCCAAAACAAACAAGUGAACGUCAAAAUAAUGGGAACCGAAUCCACCGUGCCACCACUACCGAUUGAAAGGAUGUUCGUGGGCGUGGGACUGCCGCAGAACGACGCGAUCUGCUCUUUCUGCCAGUACUUCUUACAUUACCUGCAAGUUGAAUUGAGCGAUGACAACACUGAGGAAGCAAUAAAGAAAGCAGUGGAGGGGGCCUGCGACGUUCUCCCACAGUCUAUUAACUCUGAGUGUCGCCAAUUUGUUACUGAGUACGGACCAGCUGUCAUUGCACUUCUCGUACAGGAGAUUGACCCGGCUAGUGUUUGUCCAGCUCUGAAUUUGUGCGUGUCGACCAAGGAAGUCCAUCGGGUCGACAUUAACUCGGAAAAGUCCAACUGUCCAUUGUGCCUCUUCGCUGUUGAACAACUUGAAAUAAUGCUGAAGGAUAACCGGACUGAGGCCAGCAUCGAAAAAGCCCUAGACAGCCUUUGCAACCAUCUAUCGGCGAAACUGCGCACGCAAUGCGUCGAUUUCGUUGAAGCAUACUCCAAGCAGUUGGUCGAGAUGCUCCUAGCUGACCUCAACGCCCAAGAGAUAUGCGUCUACCUGAAGUUGUGCAAAGAUGACGUCACACCUACCGAUCCAUUGAAAAUAACCCACGCCUCCAUCGACAAAUACCACGAGAAGCCAGCACUAAGGGGAGAUAGGAAUAAUGUGAAGCGGCCCAUGUUGCCAAAAUACAUGUUGGAAGCUGAAGCCGGUGGAGAUAUAGCAACGAAUGAAAUUCCUGACCACACAGCGAACGGUCGGCCAGUUUCCUUCUCAAAGCAGAAGACGGUAUGCGUCGUCUGCGAGUUUGUCCUCAAGGAGAUUGACGAUCAGAUCAAGGAUAAACAUAAUGAUGAUGAAAUCAAAAAGAUUGUGCAUGGCGUAUGCAAACAUAUGCCUAAGUCUGUACGUCCGGAGUGCGACCAGUUUGUCGAGAAGUACGCUGACCUCGUGAUCAGCCUCUUGGCCCAGGAGUUGGACGCGGAUGAGGUUUGCCGCGAACUCAAACUGUGCGACCCAACCGCUAUGGAUGCUGUCAAAAAGGAAAUCCUCGACUGUGCAGUAUGUGAAACUGUUGUAAUGGCUGUCAAGAAAGUUCUCCACAACGACAAAGUUGACCAUAACAUCGUCCACAUUGUCGAAAAAUCGUGCAACAUGUUGCCAGCUAAAUACUAUGACAGGUGCCACGUCAUGUUAGAGAUCUAUGGUGACAGCAUCAUCCACCUGAUCGAAGAUAUGGAUGUACAAGGGCAAGCACUGAGUAGUUAUCGUGACUAG